AUGAAUUAUAAGAGUCACGUCGAGGAUUGGGCUCCGUCACGUGUAUCAGAAUACCAAGAAGGUAAGACCUUGGGAACCGCAGUGGCGAAAAACAUCUUUGACGAAGCGAAAGCAAUUCAAAAGCUCUACAUACAACAAAAGGCCGUCCUUGCUUUGGUGGCCAAUGUCAGUAUUUUUACAUUGGAGAAAGCACUUGGUGAGCUCGGCAGUACGCAAACUCCGGAUUGUCUUCGACUUUGUUCUAGAUAUUCGAUCAAGGCUCUUGGAACUAAAAUGCCACCGGGCAGCGAGAAAGGAGGCUUAGGAGAACGAAACCGUAAAUUAUCUGCUAUGUGGAAAGGCCUUUCCAAGGAGGAGAAGCGUGUAUGGGACCCUCCGAUCUUCUACCUACUCUCACUACACCAAAUCAAAAAUUUACCAUGGAGUUUAGAAAAGUAAAAAUGAAGAAAAUUCUGAGCAAGCUUAAGGCGUUGGAAAAAAUUGGAUGAUUAUGGUUGAAUCCACUUGUGAUGUCUCCUUCUUUUGCAUAUUUUUUCAUAUUUUUACCUUUAGUGUUGAAGAUGUUUCAAAGAAAAAUGAUGUUGGGGUAAAUUUGGUC